AUGCCGAAACCGUUCAAAGUGUCCGAGGCGCCCUGGCACGCGGAGGGGACGACCGAUAAGCCGCUCUUUGGGGUGAGACAUCAAGGCGUACACCUCAACGACAUGAAUCUUGCCUUCUACUCCGCUCCUGUGGUGUUCAGCUGCGAUGCGUUCAACGCCUGGGGGUUGGGAAACAAGCAUUCCAUUGGAGGCUCCUACUUUGACUGGGGUUGGCGAAGCCAAGCGGUGCAACGAUUGAAAAAUCAGACGCACGUCGGGACGCUCGCGACUCCCGGAGCACGCAGUGAAGGGGAGAAUGGUCUACAAUGCGAAAUACUUGGACUGCUACAGCAAGGGUGUCUUGGGCGGCGUGUCCUCAGAGACGAGCAAGGGGCGAGAUCGGAGGAAGAGGUGUUUGUGCGUGGUGGUCUGUUGCUGAUGUGUGGGGAUGGACCCGGGCGCUCGAAAUGCCUAGGCACGAAGGCUCCGAACAACUUUUCCAAGUUCCCCUGCUCCUAUUGCAUGGUGAGCCAUGGCGACGACGAAACCGGCGGGGAUGUCGGCAACCCUCAGUUCGACAUCGACAAGCACCGGCGCACUUCGGGCCGGACGAUGGACGGCUUCUCCGAGCUGGAAGCGCUUGCGGAUGAUCCCCUCCAACAGGAGGAACGCUCGAAAGAGUUGGGUCUGGUUGCACCGAACGCGUCCGGACUCAAGUUACCUCUGUACCAUGCCAUGCGCAUUGUUCCGGGGGACCACGUACCCGUCGAGCGUCUGCACUUCGACGCGCUGGGGCAAUGUCAGCUGUGCCAGGUUUUCUGCUUGGAACUACUCUCGAAGAAAGGUCGCCGGCUAGUCUCAGCCAUCAUGGCUCAGAAGUCGUCUUUGCUGUACCCACCCGGCACAGACAAGCUAAAGGAUAUCCUGACGGACUACCCAUCUCUCACUGGGAGCGACAAGUGGACGCUGCAAUCGAUCAUGCUCCUGGUGUUCCGAGUUGUGCUGCAGGAUAUCCCGUCCAUGAGGAGAAACAUGAAGAAGAGGGACAUGAAGGCGUUUAAAGCGGAGUGGGGAACGUACGAGUCUGUGUUGGACGCGCUACGGACGCUAAUUCAAAUGGUGUCUCUCCUGUCCUUCGCCCUCCGCGCACCAUCAUACAACGACAAGGAACUACGACAACUCGACAACCUCGCGCGUGACGCACCGGGUGUCGGGGCUUUCUCGCAAAUGAUGGGGAGGACGGGAUCCAGGCCUACCAUCCACUCCAUGCUGCACGCCGUAGAAGCCAUUCGUCUGCACGGGGUAUGUCCGGAUGCGAGUACGGGGGAACACGCUCACCAAAUGAACAAGUCUGGAAAAGCUGUGGACUGCGGUAGGAUGCCGUCACUGCACAUGGCUAAGCGCGCGAACGUCAACUUGGCGCUUGUGGCGUUGUCCAACGGGCUGCCGUACAGAAUCACCAAGUACAACCGGAGUUUCAACGCCCACGAAGCAGUGUCCGUCAAACCUGGUGCUGGCUGCGUUCAGCUCAUGCAGUCGCUUGCGAGCUUCCUCGGACACGCCCGAGUGCCGACCGACAUUCAUGCCAAGGCUAUUCAAACGCCAGCACAGCUGAGAGGCCAAUUCCAGGGGUCUGCAGUUUGGACUGCUUCUCUGUUCAACGCCGGCGCGGGCGCGCCCGCGUUGAACGAGCAGCAGGAUGGUGGCGAAUGGCUUUCUCGCUUGGAGUCCAGCAAGUUCCGGCCCGACAAUGCCGCGCUGCUGGGUGGGUACAAGAAGUUUUUCGCAUGCGACAUGGCAGGCGCGUGCUCAAACAUUCGUUGCCCGAACUGCUGGGUCGGAGACGACCUGGAAACGGUUACCAUCGAAUGCUCACGCUACCUCCGAGUGCCCAUGGCAGCGAGUUGCGGCGUUGGUCGUCUUAAGGGCGGCGAUGUCAAGUCCGCUGCUCAACCUGGGCCGCGUGACGACUGGGCACUCGGGAGUGGUGGUGGAGAUAACGUAGAAGUGCACCAGCAACCUUCCACGAUGGGCGAGGCGGGCCGUGUGGAUCCUCGGGACCUCAGCCUUGUGAAGGUUUUGUACUUCUUCCGCCACCAGGGGAAUCCGCCCCUCAUGGGCGGGGCCCCACCACCGCUUACAUGGUGGGUACUCGGGUAUGACUACACCGGGGUUCGUCACGGCAACGACCGAGCCCCCGACUCCGUCACCGGGCACCCGACGUUGCAACUUCGAGGUCGGGGGCGCCCUGUUGUGUACCCUGCUGACGCCAUUCAUAGGCAGGUGCACCUCUACCACGCGUGUCCGUUGAGGAACGAACAUGGAGCUGACGACAGCUCUCACGUUUGCAAGGAAGAAGUGGUAGUGGGUGGUAGUUCCGGUCGGAGACGUGUUUGGCGCCACUACUUCCGCGAAGCAACGCCAGGAACCGACGGGUACGAUAGGUACUUGGUGAACGAAUGUCACCACAGCAUCACCCAAGACACUUUCAUCUGAGCACGUGAGGCGGUCAGAUCAUCCAGCUUUCAGAGAAUUUUACGCAUGGUCUGUUGGAGUGCGGCAUAUCAUUGUGGCAUGAAGGAAACGCCCGCCUGAGUCGGCCUCAUGGCAGGAGAUCGCCCACCUCAAGUGCGAGGCGGGGCAUUUUACGCUCAGGCGGGGCAUUUUACGCACGUCGUCUGUUCAACUAUUUGUUCACAUUUUUUGGCGUUUUGACCAGUUUUGGCAUGUGGGGGUUUCGUGUUGCACGUCGGCACGACGGCAAUGAUAUACUGGCGGACACGAGAGUAUAUAGACGGGACAAAUAACUGCGAAAUACCACACAUUAGUUGGCCUAUAAUAC